AAAAAAAGACUCUUGGGUGGUCUACAACAAGUGAGAUGCUCUCUGAGCUUGCUAGUUUUCUUGCAGACGUUUCAUUAUCUAAGAAACACCAUCAGUGCUAGUAAGGAGUGCUGUUUGCUGUCAGUUUAUAUUCGGAUGUCUUGUGUGGGUGGGGGUGGACUUAGAGAUUCUUUGGUUGAGUUGUUUACUGAUGGAUUUUCGGCAGUUUCUUGAUUGGGGUACUGCUUGCUUUAUUGUUGUUCUGAGGUUAACCUUGAAAUUAGUCUAUGCUGAUUUGAGUGCUGAUAUGCUGGAGUCUUUUUCUCUUUUGGGCUGGUUGAUUGCCUCUUUUGCAUAGUCUAUGGAUGUUGUUAAUGUCUAUGUGUCUAUUGAUGGCUGAUUUGUCAGAGUGCCAAGUUUCUAGAAAUUUCCUGGCAUUUUUGGACUUGGCCUGGUCUAGGGUUGUCACGUUUUUCCCAAUUGAAACUAUGGUUAAAUCUGUCUAGAUGUUGUGAAAUUAAAGUAUUUCCAUCAUGUCUUCUGACUGCCAAUUGGUGUUCAUGGAUAGGUUCUGACAGUCUUCUACUAUGUAGGACCCCUCAGUUCAACCCUGAGCUACAAAUGUUCUCCUUUAUUGAUACCAUAAUAGCAAUGAAUCUCAAAGCCAGCAUUGCCUUAAAUCGGUGUUUCUCAAACUUGGCAAAUUUAAGACAUGUGGACUUACGAUUUAUAUUGAUAUUGUUUCCUGAUUGCUUAUUUGUACCCUAUGACUAUCAUUAAGUGUUGUACCUUAUGAUUCUUGAUGAACAUAUCUUUUCCUUUAUGUACACUGAGAGUAUAUGCACCAAGACAAAUUCCUUGUGUGUCCAAUCACACUUGGCCAAUUAAAAAAAAAAAAAAUCUAUUCUAUUCAACUCCCAGAAAUCCCCAGCCAGCAAGAGGGGUGGGGAAUAUGGAAUUCUGGAAGUCCCCAUGUCUUAAAGUUGCCAAGUUUGGGGAAACUGGAUUACGGUGCAAAGAACAGGAUCGUGGCUGCAUUGGUGUUAUGCAAUCUCUUGGUUACAGUCAGAAUGUCAGAUCAAAGUUAUUGAACAAGCCUCCUUCCCGCCUGUUAUAUAAAAGAAAGCAGACUCAAAAGCUACUGUAAUUAAACUCGGGUUUGGGUAGUACUCGGACGUGAGACCACCAGAAAAUCCUCAAGCUGGCCAUUUAUUUUUGCAUAGUUGCCGAGAAAAGUGUACGGAUUUGUCCGUAAGAUCAUCAGCAGUCGGACUCUUAACGCUAAGGAGCUUUUGAUUGUAUUUUUGGAAUAAAAGAGAUUUCGUGCUCGGAAGGGGGCGCUACUGCCUUUUUCCUAAAGUAUUGUUUUUUUUUGACCGCUCCGAAAUUAAUUUGUUGUUUGAAACUUGUUUCGUUUCGUAAGAGAUCUGUGUUAUUUUAACUGAACCGUAACAACUGGGACUCGCUUGCCCUCCGUCCUUUCUUCGUUAAUAGCAGAGCCUCGGUUUGCCUGACUUGUUAAAGUUUAAUUCUCGGCCCAGCUGCUACGUCCUAAAAAUGCUCCGCCUGGGCCAAGCAACCGCUGUGCUGCGAUUACUUUCUACGGAGAGCUCCUUGGGGACUGUGGGCAUCUCCCCGAGAAGAGCCGCGUCCGGAGAGAAGAAAAAAGAGAUCCUGUUACACGUGCACGGAAAGGCAGACUGCGGAAUCGCAGAAAUUCAGAUGAACAGACCACAUGCCAGAAAUGCCCUGGGAAAAGUGUUUGUGGAUGAAUUAUAUGAAAUCCUUGAUGUUCUCCAUUUUGAUGAAAGUAUCCGUGCUGUAAUAGUCAAAAGCAAAGUAAAAGGUGUUUUUUGUGCUGGUGCCGACUUAAAAGAGCGAGCUCGAAUGAGUGAUGCUGAAGCUGACCAUUUUGUUCAGAGGCUCAGAAGUUUAAUGGACAACAUUGCUGCAUUACCAAUGCCGACUAUUGCUGCAAUGGAUGGUUAUGCCUUGGGUGGCGGCUUGGAAAUGGCCCUAGCUUGUGAUCUCCGAGUAGCAGCAUCAUCGGCUAAAAUGGGUUUAAUUGAAACUACCAGAGGACUUCUCCCUGGAGCAGGUGGAACCCAGCGCUUAUCACGCUACAUUGGCCUUGGCCUUGCCAAAGAGCUCAUUUUUACUGGCAGACAGAUUGAUGGGCAAGAGGCUUUCUCCAUGGGGCUACUUAAUCACACAGUACCACAGAAUGAGGAAGGGGAUGCAGCAUAUAAAAAGGCAUUGGCUUUAGCUGAAGAAAUAGUUCCUCAGGCUCCAAUAGCUGUGAGACUGGGUAAAUUGGCUAUAAACAAAGGGAUUGAGGUUGAUAUUGCAUCAGGAAUGGCUAUUGAAAGAAUGUGCUAUGCCCAGAAUCUCCCUACCAGAGACCGUCAGGAAGGAAUGGCUGCUUUCAAUGAGAAACGACUUCCAAAAUUCACUGGUAAAUGAGGCUAAAACAUUGUUUCUGAAAGUGCUUGAAUACAAUACAAGAUGAUCCGAAGGCUGUGCCUUAUUGGAGAGCUGUUCCUUAUAAGCUUCAUACUUUUUUUUUUGCUUGAAAUCUACUUUGGAUGUCAAGAACUAAAUAGUGAUAAUGUAAAGGGUAUUACUGUUCAAAUGUGACAGUAAUAAAAAAAUCAUUUUCCAACCAAA